UAUCUGCAAUCGUGCGGGAUAACAACAUGGCGCCUUCCAUCCUUAUGAGGAAAAGAAGCCGGUUUUAAUAGGAUUCUGAAUAUUUCUGAGCAGUGCUCUGAAGAACCGUAAAAGUGCCCCUGUGGGGUUUGGUGGUUGACGUAAGGAAGGUAGUAUUUGAAGUGAUAUAAGUAAGAAUUAUAAUGACGUUGUUUCACUUCGGAAACUGCGUCGCCCUGGCAUACGUGCCGUAUCUUCUCACCUACAAGUACUCCGGAUUAUCGGAAUAUGGAGCGUUUUGGAAGUGUGUGCAGGCCGCAGCAAUGUAUAUCGUUAUGCAGCUCUGCAAGAUGUUGAUCCUGGCAACAUUUUUUCCACCCGGUGAUGUAUCCUCAGUUGGUGGAUUUGAUGUUCUUGGGGAGUUCCUCAAGGCCACUGUCGACCUGGCCGACCUUGUGGGCCUGCAUAUAGUGAUGACCAAGGUGGCUGGCAAAGGCGAGACUAAGUUCCUGGUAGCUGGUCUGGGAUGGGCCAGUGCAGAACUGCUCAUGACUCGUUUUGUGCCUCUUUGGGUCGGUGCCAGGGGCAUGGAGUUUGACUGGCGCUACGUGCAACUCAGUUUUGACUCUAAUAUUUCACUGGUUAACCACAUCACCACAGCCACCCUAGUUUGGCUAUGGAACCGACAUGACCUGCGCAAGGUGCACCUUCCCAUGGUGACAGUGCUACUUGCCAUCACCUGCUAUCGGUCAUUGCUCGUUGAGCUCAUGGUCCAAACCUUGGCAUUUGGUCCUUGGCUUGUCUUGGCUGUCAAACUCAUGGCAGCCAUCAGUGUCGGUCUCUGUGCUCUUCACAUCUACUUAAGCCUAACACAAAGCAUGAAUUCGUACUGAAGAUUUUCUUUCUUGCUUUGUGACCACAUACUGUCAUAGUCACCCCAUCUACAACCUUAAGUUUAUGUUCAGAAAUACAACGCUAUUUUUACAGUU